AUGGACGAAUUCAAAAAUAGAUUUCUGUCAGGAACCCCACCAGAUGUUAUAGCCAUUACAGAAGUUUUACCUAAAAAUAGGAGUUAUACCCUAAAUAAAGCGGAACUGGAAAUACCAAACUAUGAACUUUUUCCAAGUAAUUUCCCAGGUGACAAAAAAAGAGGGGCAAUCAUUUAUGUGUCAAAGAAAAUAAAUGCUGUUGAAGUUCAAUUUGAAACAGAUUUUGAAGAAUGUGUAUGGGUGAGGAUAUCCUUGAAUAAAAAAGACACACUGCUAUUUGGGUGCAUGUAUAAAAGCCCAUCAUCGAGUGAACAUAAUCUUGAAGCACUUAAUGAUUUGCUGAACAAAGUAGGGGAAUGCAGAUUCACUCACACAGUUAUAACAGGAGAUUUUAACUUCCCAGAUAUAGAUUGGGAUGACUGGAGCACAGGGAACGCCAGUAGUGCCAGAUUUGUUGAAUGUAUACGGGACAAUUAUUUUUAUCAAGUUGUUGACACAGAAACCAGGCACAGGCAUGGACAAGAAUCUUCACUGUUAGACCUACUACUUGUGAAUGAUAUUAACAAUAUUAUAAAGACCGAAUACUUACAUCCCUUGGGAGCUAGUGACCAUAGCGUUAUUCAGUUUGAAUUUAAUUGUUGCUUGGAUGACGUAACGGAUAACUCUGCUCGUCUGAACUAUUACAAAGGGGAUUAUGAUAUAAUGGGUAAAGAAAUGAACAUUAACUGGGAAGAGGAAUUUGACGGACGCAACACCUUGGAAAUGUGGGACAUAUUUAUAGACAAGCUUUCCAUAUUGAUAGAUAAGCACAUCCCUAUGAGUAAAUCUAGGAAUACCAAAGGUACAAUACCACUUAGUAGGGAGACAGUUAAAACCAUUAAAAGGAAGCACCGAUUAUGGGAGAGGUAUAUGCAAGACAGAACGACAGAAAAACACAGAGAUUAUUGCAAAGCAAGAAACAAGGUUAAAAGAUUAAUAAGGAAAGAGAGAAAAGACAAAGAGCGACAAGUGGCUGAAUCAGCAAAGAGUAAUAGUAAAAACUUUUGGAAGUUCGUGAACUCAAAAAGGAAAUCUAGGAGCGGAGUGUCAGAACUACAUGAAAGCUCACAGGAUGGGAAUAGCUAG